AUUCACUGAGACGAGACAUUUUGGACACUUCACCUCAAACUCUCCACCGAAAUGGUUUAGAUAAGGAACGCAUCAAAGAAGUAAAGAACAGGCCUCAGAGUAAAUGGAAGAGAAACUAUCCUCUGUGGCAAAGACCUUUACCCCAUCACCCAUUCAAGAACUUUCUCAUCUUGCUCAACGAUGCAACGCUAUCAACCUUGCUGAAGGCUUCCCAGACUUCCCUGCACCUUCUCAUAUAAAAAACGCAGCUGUUUCUGCCAUUAAUUCAGACUUCAACCAGUACAGGCAUGUGCAAGAAAUAUGUGACCACUUGGCAAAGAUAGUGAAGAACAUGCAUGGUUUGGAUGUCAACCCACUUACUGAUAUAGCUAUUUGCUGUGGCCAAACCGAGGCAUUUGCAGCAGCAGUGUUUGCAAUCAUAGACCGAGGUGAUGAAGUUGUACUUUUUGACCCUUCAUAUGAAACAUACGAAGGAUGUAUUGCCAUGGCAGGGGGAGUCCCAGUAUUUGUGGCACUUGAUCCUCCUCAUUGGACCUUGGAUCCAAACAAACUCAUGAAGUCUAUUACUGGGAGAACAAAAGCUAUUGUAUUGAACAGUCCUCAGAAUCCUACCGGCAAAGUUUUCACUAAAGAUGAACUAGAGAUUAUUGCUGGAAUAUGCCGCACAAGGGAUUGCCUAGCUAUAACAGAUGAAGUAUAUGAACAUAUAACAUUUGACAAUGAGAAACACAUAUCCCUUGCCUCAUUUCCAGGAAUGCAAGAGCGAACUAUAAUCACAUCAUCCUUGUCUAAAACUUUUAGUGUUACAGGUUGGAGGGUUGGAUGGGCAAUUGCUCCAGCUUUUAUCACCUCUGCAAUCAGAAACAUACAUGUUAAAAUCACAGAUUCUGCUCCAGCGCCUUUCCAGGAAGCUGCCUUGACUGCUUUGAGAAGCCCCCCAGAAUACUUUGAAUCAUUGAGAAGAGAUUAUGAAGCAAAAAGAGAUUACAUUGUCAAGUUGCUUGCUGGGGUUGGUUUUAAGAUUCUGUUUAAGCCUCAGGGUUCAUUUUUUUUAUUUGCAGAGAUUCCUGAAAAUUGCCCCCUUUCUGAUUUAGAAUGUGUAAAAGAAUUGAUACAGCAGGCGGGAGUAGUGGCCGUUCCAGGUCGUGGAUUUUUUCAUACAAAUUUAUCCUUGAAGAAAUCUUCUGAGGUAGAUCAUAGCUAUCAGAAAAGAUACAUCAGGUUUGCUUUCUGUAAGAGUAAUGCUACUUUGGCUGCAGCCGCACAAAAGCUUUUGCAUUCCAAAGGUCUCAAGCUUCAUUCUAUUCAUAAAAGGGAUGCUUGAUAUUUGGUUUGUUUUAACUGAGGAAAUAUAAGUGUGACAGGGAUUAAAUGAAAAGUGAUUCAGCCAAGAAAAGAGAUUUAAAUUCAGAGUA